AUGGUACUAUGGCAAACAUUUGCGGUAGCGUUGACGGUGAUUUUUAUCGUCUCGCAAGUCGUUCGUUUCUACCAGAAGAUCAAGAAACUAGGCAAUUUGCCGAGACUUAGAUCUUCAAUAUCACCUUUACACCCACUGGGCGCAUCUCUCCCGACAUGCUCCAUCAAUCCAGGUAUUAUGUGGACGUGGCUGUGGAAAGAUAGAGGAAGCAGGCACGGAGACGAUCGUAUCGCUUCCAUACCUGAUAGAAUCGCCGACAAUAUACACGUCGUCCCCAGAGGUAAUGAAGUAGUUCGUCGCCAUGAAAGGGCAGCUGGAAAAGCUGGCGGCAGAGGCUACCCACUCGAUGCGGUAUGUCUUGAAAACACAUCCACUGCGAAGCAAACAUGUACUGAGAGAGAGAGAGAAAACAGAGUGUGGAGCCCGAAUAUCUUAUCGGAGGGUGGGGAUGAGUGGCGAAAGCAUCGAAGGAUUAUGCAGCCCGCAUUCAGUCCAAGGACAUAUGCACUUGUCUGCUCUGAAACGUCGCGUCUCUACGAUGAGAUGGUUGCCGCCGAGGCCUGGACGGGCAAGGAUUCAGUUGAUAUUCCUAUCUUCAAUACUCUCACCUCCAAGUCAAACUGGCCAUUUCCAACUCGCCCUACUAGUCCUAUCCUGCUGUGUAUUUGGGGGCCCUCUUCCAUGGAAGUCCGAUUCUUCCAAGGAACGUGGGAGCAUGUCCCUCCGGGAAGCCCUGUCUUUAGUGUCGAAGGGAGCGAUUAUACGAAUACUUAUCCCACGCUGGAUGUACAGCCUGCCCAUCUGAAGCUCAGGUUCAAACUGUUGGACCGGGCCUACGACACAGUUCUGCUGUUCCUGAGAGAAUUGAUCGCUUCUCGCCGGCGCGAGCUCACCGAGGGUCCGAAGCGGGACUCGUCAGAAGGCGACGACGAACGAGAUACAUCCGAUCAACGCGACGUCUUCAGGCUCAUGCUUGAAGCGAGCGAGCAGGAGGGGGAGUAUGCGCUGAACGACGCAGAACUGCAAGGAGACACGUUUGUCAUGUUAUUUGCUGGACAUGAAACGACGUCCCAUACACUGAGCGUAGCAAUCGGUUUCCUUGCGUUACAUAGUGAAAUCCAGGAUGAGGUCCACGAGGAAGUCAAAUCUGAACUCGACGGAAAUGAACUGAACCUUGACGCUCUGCAAAAGCUCGAGAAGGCGCAAAGUUGUUUCGUGGAGGCCAGCAGAGUCUUUCAGGCGGGAUUCGUGAUGAUCCGCCAGACGCAAACCGACAACGUCAUCGUGACGCACGCCGGUCCCGAGGGUGCUCCGGAUGAAACGCUGGUACUCGAGAAAGGGACUAAGGUUUGCGUGGAUGUUAUCGGCGUUCGUGAGUAUCCCGGCUUGAGCGAUCGUGGAGCCCGAGCUGACUCCCAUGCUUUGAAGAUUACAAUCCGCGAGUAUUCGACGAUCCGCACGCAUUCAAGCCAGAACGAUGGUAUGGCGCAUCGCCGUCGUUUCGCCCUGACCGAGGGUACUGUCUUCCUUGCUAGACUGAUAAAGGACUGGAAAAUCGAGCCUAUCUUUUUGCCUGGCGAGAGUAGAGAUCAAUGGAAAAACAGAGCAUUUAGUGCGCACAUUGGGAUGACUUUGGAGAUUGCUGAUGUGCCCGUGCGGCUGCGAAAGAGAGUUUAAAGAGCGGUGCGGAAGGUUCUUCUUUGCAUACUUAUGAUAUAUCAGUAACCGAUG